AUGGCCGGAGUAAAUGGAGACCGUAAAGGGAAGAAAGAUGACAAUGGGAUCGGCACAGCCAUUGACUUCAUGCUCUCCAAUGCCAAACUUGUGCUUGGAGUGGGAGGAGCUGCCAUGCUUGGUAUUGCAACACUGGCUGUUAAGAGAGUAAGUGAGACGCUCUUGACUUUUAUCUUUAGAGACUUCAUGGUACCUCUUGAGAAAGUUAAAAGUUGGUGGAUUGGUUGUCUGUCUUUAAAGUCUGUGUCUGUUGUUGGGCGUCAUUGUCUCUGUUACAUCACACGUGGUGGCAGCAGAUAAAGAUUUUACCGUUUUGGAUGUGUUGCCGGUGUUUCCCACACAUAGACGAUACCUGAGCAGUCCAUCAAUGAAUCCAUCAUUAUCCGCUUUAAAGGGAAGUCCCAAUAAGCUUUUUUUGGUCCCAGUCCCAUACUUGUAUUUGCUUAGAUUUGUUGUUUUUAUGUCAUAGAUUAUUAUUAUUGAUUUUUUUAUGAUAUUUGAUUGAUUAUGAUGCAAACAGACUUAGCGUUUUAAGGGUACAUCAUUUACUGGAUGUGCCCAACUUUGUAUUUGGGAUCCGCCAAUUACACAACAGAGAACAGUGGAUCAACCUGGCUAAAGCCUUCCACUGCCUUUUAUUAGAGUGCUAUUCAUUGUCUUAAUUACUAGGUCAGUUGUCUGUUUUGGGAAAGAACAUGUUACAUGUCGAGGAAUCGCAUUAGCUGUAGUUGCAGUCUUUGGACUCACAGCUUGUGUCGGCUCUUCAAAGGAAAUAAAACCUCGACCGCUUUCUUCGUUGGUGCCCCCUGGUUUGCUCUCGGUGAAGCUGGAGGUAUUCAGUCCUAAAAGUCUGAUCAAAUUGGUAGGAAUGAGUGCAGUUCUGCAAAACGGUAGUAUCAUGGUGCUUGUUCAUCAAAAAUCUUAACCAUCAUUGUUUGUCUGCUCCAAUAACUUUGUGAUGUUGCAGAAGUAGUUAUGGCUUCCCUUCAAAUUAAAAGCAUGUUUUAAGAUUUUCACCUCAAUAUUAUCGUAGCCAGGAAAUAUCACAAUACUGAUAUUAUUGUGGUAUUUCAACACUUACAGGACUUGACGUUGAAUCAUUGAUCAAUGCAUUAAUAUAAUUAUAAAAGCAUCGGAAAUGGAUUAUAAAAUGUAAUAAAGUCAGUUGUGUUUAUUACUGAAGUUUAGGAAUUUAAGUGUCACUCCACCUUCGUUCUGCCUUGAAUGGGUCCUUUUUUCCAAGUCUGUGAUAAGCCUGUUACUGUGAUUUAUUUUGGCCAUGAUAAUCACAUGGAUACUAUUCAACAUUGUGACAGCUGUAGCUUAAACAUAAACAGAUGAUGGGAAAAUCCUGUGAAGAAUUUGAUCAUGAACCCUGUCAAUAAAGUUAUUUUAUUUUGAGUUGAGUUUAUUAUAACCAUCUAUUUCUGUUUGCUAAAAUUCUUCAUUAUGACGGGGAAAAAUGCACAAAUCUGUUGACACAUUUGUUACAUUUUUGUCGCAGAUGUAUGACCGUGCCAUUAGCGCUCCCACCAGCCCUACCAAGAUGGAUCAGACAGGGAAGAGGAGCUGGGAGGAGCCUGCCUGGAUGGGCUCGUCACCCCGGGUGCUGAACCACAACCUCAAGUCCACCGUUAGCAGAUCCAUGCACUCUCUGCCCACCUCCUCACAUGCUUUUGAACCAGGUGAGGAAAACAAAAUGCCCUCAGUCAGAUGAAUUUAUUCUGCACCAUUUUUCCAGAUUAGAGUUUUUAUGCACUGUUGUGAUUUGGACUUUUCAGCCAGCUGUUAUUUUAUCUGUUGACAGUAACCCUUUGGGGAGGAAUCUUGCGCUUCCUUUACUGUAUGUGUUUGAUGUCUGUGGUGUUGUAGUUGUUCAAUGGUGUUAUUAGACUGAUUUGACACUUCAUAUAAUCUAUAGUAGUAGUACUCAAUGUAGUAUAUCUGUUUGAUACUUCUUAUGUUUAGAAAUGUGCCUCUGUGACGUUGCAAAAUCUCUCUGCAUCUAUGGAACAUUAUUUUGACUGUUAUUUGCUGUUAUUGUCUUCAGACUGCUUGCGCAGAUCUUUGGGUCGAGCCGCCGUUGGAGGAAGCGGGGCCACGCAGUCAGACCUGGUCCGAGCUCGGAUGCGUCUGUCCCUGCAGGAACAUUUGUGGGGUUUCUACCAAAAUAAUGUCAACAUCCCCGCUGAGGAGCAGGCAACGGCCAGGAGAGCGGCGCUGGACAUCUGUGCUGAACUCCGAGUUUUCCUUCACGCCAAACUGCCUGACAUGCCGCUCAGAGAGAUGUACCUGAGCGGCAGUCUGUAUGACGACCUGCAGGUAAAGAGGCUGCAAAUGUGGUUCUAGUUUCAGACAUGGGUGAAAAAAAAAAAGCUGAUAUCACAGCUUCUCUGUGCCCUGUCUUCUAGGUGGUAACAGCGGACCACGCCCAGCUCAUGGUGCCUCUUGUUUUAGAGAAGAACCUGUGGUCGUCCAUCCCAGGAGAGGACACCAUCAUGAACGUUCCGGGUUUCUGGCUCGUCCGCAGGGAGAAUUUGGAGUAUUUCCCCCGGAACAGCAGCUACUGGGAUCGCUGCAUGGUCGGAGGGUACCUCUCUCCAAAAUCUGUCCUCGAGGUCUUUGACAAACUUGUCGCCGGCUCCAUCAACUGGCCGGCUAUCGGGAGUGUCCUCGACUAUAUUAUCCGUCCUGUGGUUCCCUCAGAGACUCUGACCCUGGAGGUCCAGUAUGAGAAAGACCGGAAGCUGUAUGUAGACUUUCUGCCGUUACUCGUGAUGGAGGACGGAACCUCGCUGAUUGCAAAACCACAUCGUCUAGCAGCGGAGCGCCACGAGAACCUGUGGCGGCAGAGCUUCCGCGUGGCCGAGACGGCACGCCUCAGGGCCCUGGACCAGGAGGACGGUGGCUGCCGAUGUGCCUGCCUGAAAGUGUCGAAGGCUGUGUGCAAGCUCAACCCUGCCCUCAACCGGCUCAACGCCAGCCAGCUCACCAACGCCAUCUUGUUGCUGUGCGAAAAAGAAGGCGACUGGACCCAGGAUGCGCUGGCAGACCGCUUCCUUCAGCUGCUGCGAUCACUAGUGGGACACCUAGAGGCUGGGAGGCUACCGUGCGCCCUUAACCCUAAAGUUAAUUUAUUCUGCGAGCUGACUGAACACGAAGUGGACGAGCUGGGAUACACUCUCUACUGCGCCCUCUCUGACCCAGAGGGGCUGCUGAGAACUGCCUCUGAAGAGCCUCCAGCUGAUCCCUGA